UUGCCAUCCUCUUUCUCCUCCCACCCCCGGUCCCCAUCAGUGCUGAGCUCCGCUUCCUUCUCGGCUCCUACUCUCCUUCUCUAGCUCCCCAGGAUGGUGCUGAUCGGCAGUAUCGCUCCCCGCACGGUGCUCCCGGCUCUGUGCCUCCUGCUCCCCGCCCUCCUCCUACUGACCGGGACCGACGGGGACAGCUUCCCCCAGCAGCACACGAUGCAGUUUUGGGCCAAAAGGUUGGAACAGGAGUUUGACAGAGUCAUGCGAAUUUUCGGUGGAAGCCAACAGCUGCGAGGGCUCUAUAACGAUAAAAGAAAUCUGUUUGAGGUAAAGGAAAACGUGCCACGUAAGCUGGUGGAGAAGGUGGCCGGUGACAUUGAGAGUCUCCUUGCCAAGAAAGUGCGCGCUCUGAGGAGACUGGCUGAGGCUGCGGAGAAGUUCCAGAAGGCUCACCGCUGGCAGGAUAACAUAAGGGAAGAAGAUAUUGAAUAUUAUGAUUCCAAGGCAGACACGGAAUAUGAAGACCUGGAGGGGGAGGAGGAACCCAAAGAACCCACACACUCCUUAAAGAUUGACUUUGCGGAUGAUCCCAAUUUUAAGGCGAAAGUGAAUUACAAUUACACAGCAGUGCAGAUCCCCACGGACAUCUACAAGGGCUCUACAGUCAUCCUGAAUGAGCUCAACUGGACAGAUGCCCUAGAAGAUGUCUUCAUCCAAAACCGCUUGGAGGACCCAACGCUACUGUGGCAAGUCUUUGGUAGCGCCACCGGAGUCACCCGUUAUUACCCAGCCACACCUUGGAGGGCCCCCAGCAAGAUCGACCUGUACGAUGUCCGUAGGAGACCAUGGUACAUACAGGGAGCCUCCUCGCCAAAGGACAUGGUGAUCAUCGUUGAUGUAAGUGGCAGUGUAAGUGGCCUUACUCUGAAGCUUAUGAAGACAUCUGUCAUGGAGAUGCUGGAUACUUUGUCUGAUGAUGACUACGUGACUGUCGCCUCGUUUCACGAGAAAGCAGACCCUGUCUCCUGCUUCAGGCAGUUGGUCCAGGCCAAUGUGAGGAAUAAAAAAGUGAUAAAGGAGGCCGUACAAGAAAUGGUGGCCAGAGGGACAACCGACUACAAGGCUGGAUUUGAGUAUGCUUUCAGCCAGCUGCAGAAUACCAGCAUCACCCGGGCCAAUUGUAACAAGAUGAUCAUGAUGUUCACAGAUGGGGGGGAGGAUCGCGUGCAAGAUGUGUUUGAGAAGUACAACUGGCCAAACAAAACUGUGCGGGUAUUUACUUUCUCUGUUGGGCAGCACAAUUAUGAUGUGACUCCUCUCCAGUGGAUGGCCUGUGCGAAUAAGGGUUACUAUUUUGAGAUCCCGUCUAUUGGAGCGAUCAGGAUUAACACUCAGGAGUACCUGGAUGUCCUUGGGCGCCCCAUGGUAUUGGCUGGAAAUGAAGCCAAGCAGGUUCAGUGGACUAACGUGUAUCAGGAUGCACUGGGUCUUGGAUUGGUGGUUACUGGAACUUUGCCUGUAUUUAACCUUACAGAGGAUUCAGGGAGUGCUGGGAAGAACCAGUUGAUUCUAGGGGUGAUGGGCAUUGAUGUUGCCUUGGAUGACAUCCGCAAGUUGAUGCCUCGAUAUAGUUUGGGAGCCAAUGGAUACAUGUUUGCCAUUGACCUGAAUGGAUAUGUUUUGCUGCAUCCCAACCUAAAGCCACAGAUCAUUAAUUUUCAGGAACCAGUUACUCUGGAUUUUCUGGAUGCUGAGCUGGAAGAUGAGAACAAAGAGGAGAUACGCAGGAAAAUGAUAGAUGGAUUGGAGGGUCAAAAAACUAUCCGCACGUUGGUGAAGUCGCUGGAUGAGAGAUACAUUGAUGAAGCCGAGAGAACGUAUACGUGGGCUCCCAUACACAGCACAAACUACAGCCUGGGUCUGGUGUUACCUCCAUACAGCUCCUAUUACCUCCGUGCAAAUCUGAUUGAUCAGAUUCUUCAGGUUCAGUAUUCUAACAAGAAAACUAAGGAUUUUGAAUCUUUGCUUCCUAACAACUUUGAAUUAGAGGGACGAGUAUUUCUGGCUCCGAGACAAUACUGCAAGGAGCUUGAACAGUCUGACAACAAUACUGAAUUUCUGGAGAAUUUUAUAUCAUUGAUGGAAAAAGUAACUCCAGAUUCUAAACACUGUGAUAGUUUUCUACUUCAUAAUUUGAUCUUGGACACUGGAAUUACUCGGGACUUGGCAGAUCGUGUGUGGAAAGACAAAGAUCUACUCACGUAUGGGCUGCUCGCGGUAUUUGCUGCCACUGAUGGAGGAAUAACAAGAGUUUUUCCCAACAAAGCUGCAGAUGAUUGGAUUGAAGAUUUGGAACCACACAAUGCCACAUACUACCGCAGGAGCCUGGAUAAUAAGGGCUAUAUCUUCAGGGCUCCCUACAAAGAAUCUGGGUACCGGCCCUCUGAGCUUGAGAAUAACACUGUUGGAAUCCUGGUGAGCACUGCUGUAGAGCUUGACAUCAUGGGCAAGAAGCUUAAACCUGCAGUGGUCGGGGUGAAGCUGGACCUGGAAUCUUGGGUGGAAAAGUUCAAAGUUCUGGCCAGUAACCAAUCGGAGCGGCACCCACAGGGACCACAUAAGUGCAGUCCCUCUGCCAGCUGCGAGAUGGACUGUGAUGUCAACGACGAGGAACUCCUGUGUGUGCUGAUUGAUGAUGGAGGAUUUCUGGUCAUGUCUAAUCAGCAGGACCACUGGUCUCAGGUUGGGAAGUUCUUCAGUGAAGUGGACCCCAAUCUCAUGUCUGCCCUGUAUAAUAACUCAUUCUACACAAGGAAGGAGUCCUAUGAUUACCAGUCUGUUUGUGCCCCCAAGACUGAGAGCAACAAAGGGGCAGCUCCUCGUGGAAUCUUUGUGCCAACCAUCGCCGAUGUCCUGAACCUGGCCUGGUUAACCUCAGCAGCGGCCUGGUCUCUGUUCCAGCAUCUUCUCGUCAGCGUCAUAUAUGGCAGUUGGCUGCAGGCAGAUGAUAUUGCAGCAGAGAAUAUGGAGCCCCGGGAAGCGAGUUGCAUCAUGAAGCAGACACAGUAUUACUUCGGCAACAUCAAUUCCACUUACUCAGCAGUCAUCGACUGUGGCCCUUGCUCCCGGUACUUUCACGCCCAGAGGCUUUCCAAUACAAACUUGCUGUUUGUGGUGGCAGAAAAGAUGAUUUGCAGUCAGUGUGACUCCAUGAAACUGGACCAGGCUGAGACUCGCUCGGAGGGGCCUGAGCAGUGCGAUCUGGUUCAGAUGCCACGUUACCGGAAAGGGCCACACAUGUGCUUUGACUACAACCCAAUGGAGGACACGUCAGACUGUGGCAGAGGAAACCUCUUCCGGCCGUCGUGGCUCUUACUGAUGUUACUCCAGUUCCUUAUCCAGUUUGUCUUGCCCCAUGGUUUCUGGUCAACCUUCAGUCGAGGCCUUUAGACGUAACACAAUCUCCUCCCUCUAUCACUGCGCCUUCCCGAGGCCUGUUUCCUGACGUGGUUACCAUGGCAACCAAAAGAACACCUCUCUUUCAUUGUGGGCUGAGUUACAAGAACAACCAGCACUUAUUUAGGAUGAUUUUACUGUGACAACUAAGAGACCUUCCUAUGCCAUCGGGAGAUAUUUGGCAACUAUUAAAAAAAAAAAAAAGAAAGAAAGAAACGCCAUCUUGGAUAGUGGCAGCAGUUACCAUGACAAUAAGUUUUAAUUCCUGUUGAUUGGGCAUGGCAACCACGGCAACUCUGAGGAUGUCCUGUUUCCUGUUCAUCUGUCUCCAUGGUACCUAUGCUUGGACCACAGGUUCCAUUACUCUCCUCACUUUAAGUCUCGCAUGGGGUCAUGAUCUCACUGUGACCCUUUGCUUUUGCUGACAUAAAGUGUGUGGUGGGACCAUUCUCCUUCUGUUUCCCCUUGCCAUUCCCACGCUGAGUUGGGAAGGAGAGGUAACGUGGUGAUGAACUCAUAUUCAUACACGCUCAUAUCAUUGAGAUUCAUCUUGUCAUUGUCAGUAGGACUCAUCCAGGUGUUGGGUGACCAUUUGUGUUAGAAAGUGCAUUGAGCCAAAGUCACCUGAGAUGUGACACAGAGAUACUGUCGGUGCAAAACAAGGCUGUCUGCACAGCAGCACCCUCUGGUGGGCAAAAGCAGUAUCAGGGCUCCCUUUUCUCCAUGCAGAACAUCAGACCCCUUGAGAGAGCCUAGCGUCCACCAUCUGUGCUAAAUGCUUCAUACGAAUAUAUCAGUCACCUGUAAUAGCGCUGUUUGACAUGAUGCGCACUGCCGCCCUAGCAACUGGCUUGCUCUGCACUGACCUGCAUGUAUGGGGAUCACAGUUCUGCAGCACAACCUAUCCCACAGACCUCCCUGAUGUACAGUACGGUACCAAAGAAGCAGGCUUUGACUUACCGUGUCACAUCUCUUCGCUGUAAUGUGCCACAUCUAACCAGGAAGCAAUGGCCGCUGUGUGAGUAAUAACGCACCAAGCAUCACCCACCCGAAAUCAUAGCGGUGGGCUUUUGUACAACUGUGAUGUGUUCCGCUGUUCAACAAUGUUCCUAGCAAGUCGACCUGUUUGUGAAACAGCACAGUGCCCUGCGGAUCUCUAGCCGUGUGUGAUAGUGUAGUGCUCCUUUAGUCAUUCUCCGUCACAGGCAAAGCAAGGCUCUACAGUGUGGGGCUGUCACGUGUACAGAUAAUAAGGGGCAGAAACCCUGUCCCAAGGCAGAGCACAAUGAUUACACAAGCACAGGGGGGCGCUGCUCUCUGGCAGGCACCACACAAUAUUCAGUUCCCCGUAGCUCUUGAGUGACACAAACCCAGCACAAUAUACAGGGCCGUGUUCACUGGGGUCGGAUAGUAUAGUGAGAGGGAAUAGCACCGAGACUGUGUUCCACAGAAGCACACUCUGACAUUUAUGGAUACUGUUACGCCAUUUGCAAAACCCGGAACUUUUCUCUGUCGCCCUGUGUUCUGACUUCCAUUACCAAAGGCUAUUAACACCACUACUAAUCUGUAUAGAGUGCCAAGAUGUUCUGCAGCAGAUACUGCUGCUACUGCUUAUAUGGGCUGGAGCGUCCCAAACAAAACCCUCCCUAGUAUUUAUGCAUCAUAUUGUCCCUCUUGACAGUACUUUCUGUUGCUUCAUGGACUCCUGCUCUCAUAACUCCUCCUGGUGCUCAGGCUCUGUCUCCCCGUAUAAUCGUGCAUUAGGUAACUGCGCCCGGUCCCUCUUGCUCACCAUACUCUGCAUUGAUUGCCUGCAUAUUUAGCCCUCUUUGUUUUUGUUUUCCUCUAAAUACUACGAAUAUUUCACUUCAUGCCAAAGGGGAUAACCCCCACAUUUAUGAGUGUAUCCGUAUUGUCUCUUCUAGAUUUUUGCCACUGAUGCUCCUUCCCUGCCCCCCUUGCUUUGUACCCAUUGACUGUAUGCACACUGGGAAUUCUCCCUCACCUCCCUCCUACCAUUCAUCCAAUCACAGGGCUGGAUAUUUCAUAUGGAUACAUAGGACAAAUUGCCACUGUGGAUAUACGGAUUCCCAUACAUAAGCACAUAUUGGCUUCCAGUAAGGCCUAGGUUUUUUUUGCACAUCAAGACCAUGACUUUUCCCUAUCUACUCAGGGAUCAUUCAGAUAUCAGUCAAGCCAGGUAGAAAAUUCAGUUGGCCUAUGACUGUGCCACCCUGCGCAAGCACAUGGGCAAUCUGAUUAUGUGCCCAAGGGUAAAGCUCCACUCAACGAGCCAGCCAAACAUAGGGACUUUAAAGUAUAUGCUUUAGAACCACUCCACUUAACUACCCUUAAUGUGCCCCUAAUCUUUGAACUGGGUACAGGGUGCAUCAGAGUCUUAGACUGUGCCACCUGCCUCUAUACCCCCCCCAGAGUCCAGUCAAUAGGAAGGGUGUAAAUGAUUGCCUUUUGAGCUAUAUUUUUAUAUAUGCACUGUCCAGUCAUUUAGAUCCCUUAUUUCUAUAUUAAUUCGCUACAUUAAGCCAUAAAGCAGUUUUUAAAAGACCUGUUGUGCAGUUGUGCAGUUUGAUAGCAGCUUGGGUGCUGCAGGUUGAAUUACAAACAAUAGGUGCCCCGGGCAGCACCACUAUGAGCAUCUCUGCACAGGCGCCAGUGUAUCCAGAGGAACCCUCUGCACUGAGUUUUGGGAAGAACAGAAAGGGUUCUAUUCACAUGGGAGGUAUACAGGGGAAAAGUAGAUUCUAAUAAAGGGCAGCUGCUGUCUCCUUCAGGCGAAUGGCACACAGGGGCAUCUAGUGAGCAUAGUUCCACUUUGCCUCAGACAGGGCACUUUACAAAUAGUGACAGUCAGAUCCUUAACAUCCAAUGCCAAAUGUAGAUCUCAGAUGCCGAGAAGCACAAUAGGGAAUUGCCCCAACUGGGCUCCAAUUACAGUCUCACUCCCCCCUAUAAUAUCAGCAAGACCAUCUAACCAGCCUUACCCAGUGCUGCCAGCUGACUCCCCUUUACCAACCUGCGUUCAUAUUAACUCCCAUGCAGCUCCCGUGUUUAGCGAAAUGCAAUGUGCCAUAAUUGUGCCCUUACUGUCAUGCACAUAACAGCAAAUUUCAAUAUUCUUGCGUUUUUUAUUUUUUCGCCGCCCGUUUAGGCCAGCCCCAUAAUCUUGUGGAUUCUUUUGGUGCCAUUGCAAAUGACAGCACUAACGAAGAGUUUCAGUGAGUUGAUUUUAAAUAGAUAUUAUUAAAUGGAAUUAACUGAUUAUCUUCAUUAGAGAUUACUUAUCAUGAAUGAAUUCUCUAAUAAUACAGUUAUAUCUUCCCACUAUAUACACAUAAAGGCUGCAGCUAGCGCCAACUCCAAGUGAAGCAUUUGCCAUAAUGACCAUUAUGAUAUCCAGCCCUGGCCACUAGCCGCGCAUGUCCAUUGCAUCAUCUCCCUCAAGGGAACAUACUUGGACACUGAUGGAAAAUUAAUUCAGGAUCAUUUACAACCACAUACACCAGUACAGCAGCCAAUCAGCAACUAGCUUUCAUCUGUCUACUGCAGAUGGUAUAAUGACAGUUAAUAUCUGAUUGGCUGCUAUAACUCAUGUGACUGGAGCAGAUUUAUACAAUGUUAGUAACCAGCUCCAGGCAGCAGAAUGUGUUCCCAUAGUGUCCUAUGUAUGAGAGUAUGCUCACCUUGCAUUUACCCCCCAUGAUGCUAAUUUAGAUGCCACAGGUUACCCUCUGUCGAAACAUGGGGAAGGAUGGAAGGGGGCAGGUUAGGAUGAGGAUUCAUUAAUUACCCCCCCCCCCCCCAUGGCCAUUUUGCUUGUAGCUUUUGCGUGUGUUUGGGCCUUGUUUUGGGAAUGUGACUGUGCUACGAGGGGUGGUUUGUGUGUGCAUCAGGCAUUAUGUCCGCUCGUUCUCGUCAGAUCCUCCAUUCCAGAAGAGAAAUGAAAUCUAUAAAUACGUAUAAAUAUAUAUAAAUAUAUAUAUAUAUCUGGGAGGCUGGAGGGUCAUCGCUGCUGAAAUUUCUCUCCAUCGGUUAGUGGCUUUUUUCCGUUAACUGGAGCAAAAGUUUAUUUAUUUACUUAUUUAUUUGUACAGAAAAAGUUCAACAAGUGACAGAAAGUUUGUAAGAUAUCGUGCGUGUGUGAUUUACUUGUAAAAUAUUUUCAAAUGGUUUAUUACAAAGAAUCAGUUAAUAAAUAAUGUGCAUAUUUUCACUUCA